AUGUACCCGUUGAACGGCGUGGAUUUCAUGGACGUCGAUUCGUUUCUCCAUCUCUGGACACCAAACCAUUAUAAAAAAAACCAGAAAAAGAAAACGGGAAGGGAGGGAAAAGAAAAAGAGGGUGUGUUUCGUGACCUCCGACUCGCCCUUCUCGUCAACGAGUUCGCCGACUCGGACGUCGACUCGCUCCUCCUCGACUCCACCCACCUCAACGCUGCUUUCAAUCUCUCCACAGUCUCCCUCACCCACGGCUGCGGUUGUUGCGAUGUAAGCGGGCCUUUUAGAGAAUCUCUGCAGCGGAUUGUCGAUAGCAAGCACAAUUUCGACGGCCUCCUCGUAGAGACAUCCGGGCUUGAGAAGCCAGAGAAGUUUGUAGCGGAGUUAGAGGAAGUCGGCAUAAAUCUGGAUUGGAUUAUUGCUGUGGUGGAUGCUGAAUCACUUCCCAAGAUCUUAAGCAUGGAUGUUGUGAAGCAGCAGUUGCAGCAUGUGGAUCUACCUGAUAGGAAUGAUCACAUGCAUUAUCCAGCCCUGUCAAUUGAAAAUAGAGCUCUUAUGGCUUUUUUGCACGCCAUGCCUGGUGGAUUCUAUGCCUCAUUCAUGACGUGA